AUGGAGAAUCACUCGAACAAUUCGUACCCGGAAUCCGGCAACUCAUCGCCACGAUCCCGAGAAAUCGAAUUUGAAAAUCCACCGCCAUGGGAGGAUGGGCAGAUGCCAACAAAUUCCAAAGUCAAGUUCAUGUGCAGCUAUGGCGGAAAAAUCCACCCUCGUCCUCAUGACAACCUGUUAUCUUAUAUUGGGGGCGAGACUAAAAUAUUGGCAGUUGAUCGAAACAUCAAAUUUGGGUCUCUGCUUUCCAAGCUGACUGCGUUGUGUGAUAAUGACAAUAUUUCGUUUAAAUAUCAGUUUCCUGGUGAAGAUCUGGACGCUUUGAUCUCGGUUACGAAUGAAGAUGAUUUGGAGCACAUGAUGCAUGAGUAUGAUCGGCUGUAUAGGGUUUCUCCAAAACCUGCGAGGCUAAGAUUGUUUAUUUUUUCGAAUCCGCAUGGGAGUUUGAAUUCUUCAGCGAGGAGUUUUGGAUCGGAUGAGGUGAAAUCGGAAAAGGAGAGGUUCGUGGAGGCGUUGAAUACGGGGCCUGUACCGACGGCGCCAUCUCCGCCUGCAGCUGAGGCGGCGGCAGCCAUGACUGCUUCGCCUCAGCCACUGCAACAGAAUAAUAAUGUGGAUUUCUUAUUUGGCUUGGAGAAAGGAAAUAGAAUGGUGCCUCCGCAGCCUCCAAUGGUGGGGAAGCUUCAGGAGGCGGUGGAUCCUGCUGUUCCGAAUUUAGAGGAGAGGUUGAUGGGAUCAGAUCCGAUCCAGAAGCACAUCCAGGAUUUGCAUAGGCUGAGGCUUGAAGAGCAGCAAGGGAUAUACAGAAAAAAGAGCGAUGAUAAUCUUGCCGGAGGAUUCGCCGGCAGUGAAUACUAUAAGGUGCCGGAGAAAGUGUCGCCGGUCACUAUGCCGAGAGGCGUUCCAAUGCCAACUGGGUAUUGGCCUGAAAAGCAGGUCAGCGGCGGAGGGGUAUUUCCGGCAAGUUCUCUGAACACGGAACAACCAGUUUACGUUAUCCCCGGUCCAGCAGCGGGUGCAUAUCACGCGCCUCCGAUGGCGAGGCCCGUGAGUGGACCCAACGGCCAGGGAUACUACGCCGUCCAAAGGAUGCCACCGGAGGUUUUCCGUGACCAAGCACCAGCAUAUAAUGUCAUGACAUCAGUACCACCACCACAGGCAGCCGUGCCAUCGAUGACGGCAGCACCACAGACACUGUCGCCGCAGAAGGUAACUGGGUAUUCCGAAGGCUACGGGAUGGUGAGAACCACAACCACAGGCGGUGGCGGAGGAGUUGGGAUUGUGACGGAGGCGGGUUACACACAGGUGGCGUACGACGGCGGAAUGGGUAGGCAGGUGAUGUACACAGCAGCGCCGGGAGUAGUAAUCGGGUCGCCACAACAAGUUCAACAGGCUCAAUAUCAAGCAAUGGCAGCAGCUGCAGAAUUGAGAUCGACUGAAUCUGGAAGCAGCAGGGGUUGA